AUGCCGGCUGCGACAUGGCAGCUAGUCUCUCCUCUUCUGGGGAGGUUGACCGCAGUUGUCGGGAUGGUGCAGAAGCUACAGACCUCUCCUGGAGUUGUCUAG